AUGGACUCCAACGGCAACCAGUGGGACAACCCACAGCCCAGUGCCUCCCGAGGUCAAAGGAAGCCAACUCCAUCCUCGCCUUCAGUAUUCUACAACGGGGAUGAACUGGACGACGAAAUCUUGAACCGAAUCCGGGAAAAAGCCUACAAAAAAAGCACAUCGUCCUGUUCGGCCUCGACUUUCGCGUCACAACAACCCGGCAACGAGGAGACUGGUAAGGGCAUCCCUCACCGACGUGGGGAACAGAUUUCCCCGAUGCCACCCUUGCCAGAAGGCCAUGGAACCAAGAUCACCAACGAACAUCUCGACCGAAUCCGCCGAAUGGCUUAUGCCGCGGGCAAAGGCACAUCGGCCUCUUCCUCCACCUCGGGCGAGUCCGUGUUCUCUUCCCUUUCCGACGCGUCUUCUCAGGACUCACAAGUCCCCCCUCCUCGACCUACGGACGCUAGAGCCUCCGAUAAAUAUCCAAGCACCUCAACUCCGGCCCACGCAAAGUCGCAAGAUGAAGUUGAGGGACAGAAUCAGCCACUGGACCAAUCGAGAGGCCGUAGAGAAGCCUCAGCAUCCCAAGCUCACGCCAAACAGGGCAGCCAGAUUCCCCUUCACGAACCAUCCAAGUCAUUGCGUCCUCCCAGUCCAAAACCCAUUCCACAGCGUGGGCAGCAAGGCCAACCCCCAAGUAAGGAGACCCAAGGGACAGGACCCAGAGUGCCAAGCAGCCAUUCUGGAACGGAAGACUCGGGAAAGCCGUCCAAUCCGCCCCAAGACUCGUCCCCAUCGACAGCCAACCACGCUCCCAGUAACCAGCAAGCUGGCACCCCCGGGGGCAUCAAAAUAAAGCGACUGCCUCCUUUGUCAAGCCCAAACUCGCCACCGUUAUCUCAACCCCAUCAUACCCGAGGAUAUCACCAAGAGCCAAGUGAGACCACUGGCAAAGAUUCUCGUUCCAAGCCAAAGACGAGGACCGUCCCCGAAGCGGGCAGCAAGAAAAAGGCCUCUCCCAAUCCUCCACAGCCUGACAGGUUCAAUGGCUCCCAAGCUCGGGACGGCAGUCACAAGGCCAAGGCUAGCCAGCAUCAGGCUUCCUUCAAACCAGCUGUCACCGGGAUGUUUCAAUCCUUCGUAUCGGCUGUGACGGCCCCCUUCAGGUGGCUUGCAUCACUUGCCCCCUUGUUGCUUGCUUUCGGAUGGGCUAUAGCCCAAAAUCUCCCUAGCUUACUGCGGUGCGCUCAGAUGAUACUGAGCUUGAUCGCUGCGAAGUUUGGGAAAGGGACCCUCAUCGAGGCCAAAGAUUGGGUGUCAGGUACAGCAGGGACGAUUGCUGGCUACGCAAGUUCCGGAGGGGCCUAUGUCACAGAUGCCUUCGGGUGGUAUAGGGAUAUCCCCUAUGAGAGGUUGCCGCCCGUACUGCCUUUGGUGAUUCACAUUGAAGUGUGGGAACCUGGACUCAACUUAGCUGUCCGCGAUGUUGACAGUCUUCAAACCUUGAUCCCUGACCUCGACUUGGGCGAUGUUGCCAGGAAGAAGAACCAGAUGCCCAUUGACAAGGCCAAGAUGCUCAAGGAGCUGAAUUCUUUGUUUGUCUCUGAGUUGACCAGGUCCCUUGGGCCCUCGAGAAUCGUCAUGACAGAGUUGCUCUGGAAGAUUCAACACCACCCAGUCAAGAAUCUCUUGGACUCUGAUAUGAAGGCAAGUACAUCAUCACCAGAGUCAGAGCCCGAGACAAGUUGGCUCACCAACUGGUGGAAACCAAAGAGCCGGGCGCGCGCUGAGCUUGAGAAUCGGCUGAACUCGGCACUCGGGGCGUUCAAGACGAGUCUCCACGAUCGCUCAAGCCUGAUCAGUAAAGUGUAUGGCCAACUGGCGUCGGACUCUAUCCUCGACGCUGAGAAAGUUGUUUGCGGCAUGGCCAAUAAGCUGAAGGGCCAAUACGACUUCAUGGUCCAGAAUGCGACUGAGAGUGGCGAUGACACAUUUCGGCUGUGGUUGUCAACCCAUGAUUCGCAGAACAUGGCGGGUGGCCAAGCCACUGAUGAAGAUCAAAUCGGCUCCUCCAAAGCGCUGGCAGGGAUCUCCAACACGUAUUCUAACCUGAAAGCAGUCUGCGAGACAAUCAGUCUUGAUGAGGAACUUUUCAUGGAGGCGUCCAAGCAGAUGGCAGAUGAGAUCAAAUUUCUCAAGAAGGCCACCAACAGUUUGGGAACGACCCUGAAGAACCUCGAAGGGUUUAGUGAUGGGCAAUUCAAUGCCGACUACGCGGGCAGGGUUGAGACGAAGGUUCUUGUGGAGAUGGUGGGAACAUGGCUGGAUAUUACCAAAGCGUACUACGGAAAGGACAGUAAUAUGUAUCUGGCUGCCGAUUACGGGGAUACUCCUGUCCUGGGAUGA